UACUCAGCGACUAAUGUGAAUAUUUUGUGCAUGUGUGAUAACCAGCCCGGCCCCACUAAUUUAUCAAAACCAACUGAAUAGUGCAGUAUUUAUUUUGGUAAAGUGUAUUAGUUCUGUGCUUAGGUACCAGAGAAAAAUGCUUUUCCCAUAAAAAAAGUUUGAAAUCUACUCUGUAAGAAGUGCUAUCUGUGCUUAUUUCUAAUAAGUUUGAGAUAUAUUUCCUAACACAGAUUAGGAGUUUCUCCUCCCACUGCAACACAUCUCAGUUGUGGGAAUGUCCCUGAGCAACCCCCAGGGCAUCACCCCAUGCCUCUCCCUCUGAGUAAAUCAUGAGGUGAAAUUAUUUAAUUACCUACUGGUGUUACUCUGUCCCUCGUGAGGAACAUACUGGUGUAUUGAGGGAAAUCUAGACAGGGCUACUCAGCUGAUUUUUGGUGGUUAACACGCAGUCUCUUACAAGGAAAGACACUCUUCCAAAAAUGUAAGCUUAGUUCAAUCCUACAUAAAACAGAAAACCCGUCUUUUACUACCACCUCUGACAAAGAACGAAACUAACUUUUAGGCAUGAGAGCUAUUCUGACGCAGAAAAGCCUCCCCAUAACCAAAGUAAGAUUUUGCAGCCAGACUUCCCAGCUUCCACACAGCACGCAGAGCACCCCUGGGCAGGCGCAGAAGGAGUUAGGGGCCCGGCAGCAGCGCUGAGAGACGCGGGGCGGGCGAGCAGCCCCAAGCAAAACCCUUCCCCAGCGAGCCUGGCCUCUCCUCCCUGUGAUGUGACGCUACAAAGGGGGCCAGCUCUCCCUGCCCUCCGCACCCGGAGGCUGGGCCAGGCGGGGCGAGGCGAAGGCCAGGCACUGAGGCAAGACAAGAGCCGCCCAAGCACCCAAGUGCCGCUGCCGUCCUGCUCUCGCUUCCCACCCGUGGCGCGGCGAGCCCUCAGCCAAGCUGAGAAGCUCCUUCCACAGAAAGAAGGCUGUGAAAAGGGAGACAUGGCAGCGCCUACGCUUCACCGAGCCUGGGAAAUCAUCCUCUGAAGCCUACAUUUUUGCUGGUUACUUCAGUUUAGAAGAAGGAGGCUGGGACGACACGAGCUGCAACAGAAUGAGGCAGAAAGUCCUUCAUCAGAUGGAGGCGGGGGAAGAAGGGAGCUAAAAGCAAGCCUGGGGACAGCCACCCCUGCUGCAAAUACGAGGUUUUAUGUUGAAAAGCUGGCUGAUUACAGUAGCUGUGGGAAGCAAAGAGCGAUGUCCUGGGGGUUACUGCAGGAGAUGCGCCCCGCCACUGUCACACCGCUUCGCUGAAGUUCUGAGGAGAAACCGAAGCUCAUCAGAGCACCCAGGACACACAUCUACAAUCUCUCGCUUGAAGUUUGAAAAGUUGAAAUAAAAAUACCAGAGAAGGCUUUGAACCACAGGAAGCCAGGCUUGUAUUUUAAAUAUACCAUUAUAAUGGUAAGCUCUAAUUGUUCCACUGAGGACUCCUUUAAAUAUACUUUAUACGGAUGUAUCUUUAGCAUGGUAUUUGUUCUUGGCCUCAUAGCAAACUGUGUUGCUAUCUACAUUUUCACUUUUAACGUAAAAGUGCGAAAUGAGACUACCACAUACAUGCUUAAUUUAGCAAUAUCUGAUCUGCUUUUUGUAUUUACAUUGCCCUUCAGGAUUUAUUACUUUACAGAAAGAAACUGGCCCUUUGGAGACAUUCUUUGCAAGAUUUCUGUCACACUGUUUUAUACAAACAUGUAUGGGAGCAUUUUGUUUUUGACCUGCAUAAGCGUAGAUCGCUUUCUAGCUAUAGUUUACCCAUUUCAAUCGAAGACCCUUCGAACCAAAAGAAAUGCAAAAAUUGUCUGUGCUGCAGUAUGGAUAACAGUGUUAGCAGGGAGCACACCGGCAAGCUUCUUUCAGUCUACAAACCUCCGGAAUAACACCGAACAAAGAACAUGCUUUGAAAACUUUCCAGAGGCUACCUGGAAAACUUACCUAUCCAGAAUUGUUAUCUUCAUUGAAAUAGUGGGAUUUUUCAUUCCACUCAUCGUGAACGUGACCUGUUCUACUAUGGUCCUACGAACACUGAACAAACCCCUUACGUUAAGUCGGAAUAAAUUAAGCAAGAAAAAGGUACUCAAAAUGAUUUUUGUCCACCUGGUGAUAUUCUGCUCCUGUUUUGUGCCUUAUAACAUUACCUUAAUACUUUACUCUCUCAUGAGAACGCAGACGUGGAUUAAUUGUUCGGUGGUAACCGCAGUCAGGACUAUGUACCCUGUCACCCUGUGCAUCGCCGUCUCAAACUGUUGUUUUGACCCAAUAGUGUAUUAUUUCACUUCAGACAAUUCAAAAUUCGAUAAAAAGUAACAGGCUCACUAGAACACGUGAUACCAGGUUCUCCGAGAUGCCAGUUUCAGAAAACUUUAUUCAACACAGCCUUCAGACCAUAAAAAUGAAAAUAUUUGACAGUGACUCUCCAAAAUAAACUGCAUUAGAAACUGCUGGGACUGA